UGAGUAAUUUAUAUUCAUACGUUCUGAGAGAAAAUAUGAAAUUUUUUGUUAGUAUACAUUGAUGAUAAUGAAAUAAAUAACUUUUUAUUGUUCACAGGUAAUAAGGAUAACUAAAAAUGGCACGCAUCAGCUCAGUAUCCGCCCGGUCAGGAGUAUACUCUAGUCAUAGGUUAAGCUACUGUCUCGUCGCAAUGUUUCUAUUAGGUUUACCCUUAGCACAAUGUCAACUCGAGAAAAUGUACGUAGAUUUGACGGAUAUCCAUCUACUCGUUGAUGAGACGCGUCUGUUAAAAUUGAUUCAAAUCGGAGAAUACAACACAUCUCUCCAAGCGACCUCCAACAUACAGCAUCUAGAUAUAGUUCAGUUUGUUCCGUCAGUGAUCGAUAUACCAGGUACAGAGGAACCUAACGCCACCGCAGAACAUUCCUAUGAUAUAUGCGCAUAUGGAAAAAGCCCGGGACAUUCAGAAGUAACCUUCAAUGUAACACCGACAGGGUUUGUCAAUCUAGAUUCAGUAUUCCUGCGCGUCACCGUCAUGCAUUCGAACGCCAUAUACAUAAUCUCAUACAUAAUGGGUUGGAUUUACUUCGUCGCCUGGUCGGUGUCGUUCUACCCUCAAAUAUACAUCAACUUCAAGAGGAAGAGCGUCGUCGGACUCAACUUUGACUUUUUAGCGCUCAACAUUAUGGGUUUCACUAUGUAUUCCCUAUUCAACUGCGGGUUGUUUUUCUCGAAGGCUAUACAGGACGAAUACUUUAGUCGCCACCCUCGUAGUUUGAACCCGGUACAGUUAAACGAUGUCUUCUUCUCCUUGCACGCUGCAUUCGCGACCCUUAUUACCAUAGCUCAGUGCUUUUUGUAUGAGCGUGAAGACCAACGUGUAUCGAUGACUGGUCGCGGUAUCUUGAGUGUCUUCGUGGGUAUCGUGAUAAUCACCGCCAGUCUGGGCGCCGCAGAUAAGAUCGCAUGGCUCGACUUCCUCUACUACUGCAGCUACAUAAAACUCUGCAUCACACUUAUCAAAUAUGUUCCUCAGGCGUACAUGAACUACAAGCGCAAAUCGACUGUGGGAUGGAGUAUCGGCAACAUUUUCUUAGAUUUCGUGGGCGGUUUCCUCUCUGUCUUACAAAUGACCCUCAACGCCUACAACUAUAAUGACUGGAUAUCUUUCUUCGGAGACGCGACGAAAUUCGGCCUAGGAUUGUUCAGCCUUAUCUUUGACAUAUUCUUCAUGUUGCAACACUAUGUCUUCUACAGAGAGACCAGGAAAUUAAUGAUUAAUGACUCUAGCGAAGAGGGUACCAGUAUGAUGAGUUCGAGAGCUGGCAGUGAUUACUUUUUGGUUCGGACUUGGGAUGCCGACGAGAAGAAAUAUGAUCUCGAAGCGAAGGCAUGACGGGGUUUAUGCUGCUGCUAAUGCUGCCAUUUUUAAUUUUAUUUGUUUCGUUUAGUUAUUAAUAAUUUCUUUAUUUAUAUUCAGCAUUUACUAGGCUGAAGAAAUGUAGUAAAAUAUUUAAGUUCAAUGCAAGUUAAUAAGCUUAGACUAAUAUGUGAUUUUAAAGCAUACUAUUUUUUGUUACUUUAAUCAUUUCCUACUUGAUGAUCAUUUUGGUUUUUAUUUUCUGUCGAAUUUGUUUUGACUACCAAAAUUUGUUUCGACUAGGCGCAUUUGUUAAUGAUACUUUGAGAAGCGUGGUGUGUCCAAGUCAAAUUGGCUUAUUCUGAGCCACAGAUUAAUUCUAGAUUUCCGAAAAUUAAUUUGCAAAGAUUUGGACGUUUGCAUUAAUGUCCAAUCUGAUUCUUACUUCUACUUCUGUUAUUAUACUUUAUCUUACAAAAAGUUCAAAUCUACCCGGUUCUUAUCUAUUAUACGACCAAUGUGUUUUUAAAUAAGUUUGGAGAAAUGUAUAAAGGUUAAUCUUAUAACCCACCUAAACAAAUUAGGUAUUUCAUUAAUUCCUUCAAUGAAUAGUUGAGAUAUUAGACCACCUUAGAUACACCACGCUUAUGACGGUCACAAAAACGUAUGCAUGCUAAAGACCAAUUUACGAUAUUAUUCCAACAUUCGAACCAUCAUAGCAAUAAAUUGAUAGACUGAUCUGCAUCCGUAUAUUUCGCUGUUGUAUUUAUUAUUAAUUUAAAGUGAUUGUUAUUUGUUGGGAAUAUGAUAAAAUGAAUUUAUUAUUGUUAUGAAAUUGUCAACUACUAAAGGAUCUGUGAUGAAAUAACACAUUUUAUAUUAAAAUGUGUAAAUAUAUCAAUGCAUUUUAAUUUCAUCCUCCAUCGAUUAUGCAUUUAGGACAUGUCCCAUUCAAAGGAACAUACCUUCGCCAUCCUUUUAUCCCAAAUUCUAAAACGUAUUUUUAUGACUGCUUUAGUUUCACUCGAAAAUAACUCGUAUUUUAAGUUAGUUGUGUAAUUUAAUAUGUAAUUAUAUGUUUGAUUAAUAAAUAAGUCUUGAUUU